AUGGGUACUCCAAUUCUUUGCAUUGAUGACAUCCGCAAGGAGGCCGAAAAAAAGUUGGAAAAGAGCUCAACUGAUUUCUUCAACUCCGGUUCUACAGAUCAGGUCACUGUCCGCGAAAAUAGCACAGCAUUUGCCAAGUAUCGCAUCAGACCCCGCGUUCUAAAAGAUGUAUCCAAUGCAGAUACCAGCGUCACUGUCCUAGGUAGAAAGAUUGCUUUCCCAUUGUGUGUCUCACCGGCCGGCAUCCAAGCCUUGGCCCAUCCUGAUGGCGAGCUAGCCACGGCCAGAGCAUGCGCCAAGAGGGGCGUUCACAUGGGAGUCUCGUCAUUUUCUAACUACACAGUCGAGGAAGUGAUUGCAGCUAGUAAAGAGACUGGCCUUGGGCGUACUGCACACGUCAUGCAGCUCUAUACCAUGCAGGACCGAGCUCUCCAAGAACGUGUUAUCAGGCGUGCUGAGGCCGCAGGGUGUGUAGCCAUCUUUCUUACUGCCGAUAGCCCAGUCUUGGGGUUUCGUUACAAUGAAUGGAGGAACGACUGGCGUACMCCAGCCGGUCUUGCGUUCCCUAUGCUUGAGAAGACCACGGAAAUGAUCCAAUCCCAGACGCAUGAUGAAUCGUUCACUGUCUUCAACUCGGAUUCACAUUCGUGGGCCUACGAUAUCCCUUGGCUAAGAAGCAAGACUAAGAUGCAGAUAUGGAUAAAGGGUAUCUUGACUGCAGAAGAUGUUCUAUUGGCCCGCCAGUAUGGAUGCGACGGUGUGCUUGUCAGUAAUCAUGGUGGCCGCCAACUCGACGGAACACCUGCUACUCUUGAUGCUUUGCCGGAGUGCAUCGCAGCUGCCGACGGGAAGAUUCCUGUUCAUAUUGAUGGUGGAUUCAGAACGGGUGCUGAUAUCUUCAAGGCUAUUGCUCUUGGUGCACAAUGCUGUUGGGUUGGUCGACCUGCUAUCUGGGGUCUUGGAUAUGAUGGAGAGAAAGGUGUGACGAAAACCCUCGAUAUUCUCUACGAUGAAUUCAAACGUGUGAUGCAGCUGGCUGGUUGCUGGCUACGCCUCAUCACAGUUUCCGACUUGUUGAACGAUGACAAUCCGACACUCAUCCUCUCCGAAUGGCGCGGACUAGAUAUCACCAACCCGGGAGACUCGUUCAUCCCCAAAUACGCCACCAUCUCGCACUCAUGGGCUGCCAGCGACGAAGUACAACGACUUAGUGAAAUCGCUGAUCGACCGCUUAGAAUCGACCUGGGUAACGACAAAUACCACACGAUCAGCUGGGAAGGGCUCGUUCAGGCCGCAAAAGCAGCACAGCAUUUGGGCUGUGUAUUUAUCUGGCUGGAUUUGACUUGUGUGCAUCAAAACUCGUCGGAAGACAAGAAGCUGCAGAUUCAGCAUAUGGGGCAUGUAUACCAAAGAUCAGUAGCAGUGAUCGUGAUGCCUGGAGGUGUUGCUUCGGCGCAGGGUGUGGGUAAUACCGCUCCAUGGAUAACGCGGGCCUGGACGUUACAAGAAGCGACCUUGUCCCCAGAAAACGUGCAUGUACUAAUCAAGGAACCGAGAUGGGAUACAACGAACUACGACUAUGAGUAUGGUACCACGGGUCCUACAUAUCAAAUUGAUCAGGUAGACGAUGACCUCGCACUUUCAAAACUCCAAAACCUGCUGAGCUGCCGUAAGAGAGGGCUCGAGAUUACCAGAGUCAAUAAAUCAACAAAAGUGAAAACCCGCGUGCCAUUCAUCGUUCGUUGUUUUGGUGCCGACGAAUCCUUGAUUACUGCCCUGGAGGGGGUGUUGAGGGGCCAUACUGAUGAAAUGAAGAGAUCCGCAGCAUGGAGGUCUAUAUACCUGCGCACGUCGACAAAACCGCAAGACAUGGUCUUCAGCGUCAUGCACCUGUUAGGUGUGAGCAUUAAGGUUGACUAUGACCGUACGCGCGAGGAUCUUAUCCUAGAAUUAGCGCGAAAGACGAAGGACCUACCGUCAUGGCUGGAUAUAGGGGAAGAUAUCCCGUUUGAUGCACGAUUUGGGCUUGUGCCUGCCUUACCUAUAUUUCAUCCUAAUGACAUGCCUUCGUACGAUAUUGACCGUGAGUUGGUGCCUGCUAAUAGAUACACCGAGUCGGGGACGUACAUCCAUGAAUAUGAUAUCAAGAUACAAACCUCUCCUACGAGUAUUUUUGAUGGUGAUCUCAUCUGCGCGAAAAUAUUCCCCAUCACUUUCCAGAACGUGUCUGGUGCGUCGAUCACGAGCGGCGAUGGAGAGAAAUUUGAUUUCAGCGAUGUCGAUCAAAAGAACGUUACGGGGUCGCACGUGGUGGUUCUGGGCGAGGCCCGAGUCUAUGCUUUGGCCCAUUUAGGUCUGAUGCACUUUGGAGGGCCGCAGGUUAUAUUUGUUGGGAGGUCUGAGAGAGGGAUAUGGGAAAGACAUGGCAAGAGGGCUUUUAUUCCAGGAAAGUUCGCGGAAAAUGCCUGGAGGUGGCAUCUUACGAUUGGAGGGAAGCCUGGAUCUGAAAUUACACCUUUAGUUCUGCAAUCUAUACCGCCAUUCAUCGCAAGACACGGCUUCGUGAUUCACCACUUCUUUCUUGAAUUGAACAAAUCGCUAAACACGAGUCUAUCCCGAACGCUUUUCUACACUCAACGAGCAACCUACGCUUCGACAUCUUCCUCUCCAUUCCGGCUCAGCUCAUCCCCAAAACAGCCACAAUCUCAAUCCCAACCCCAACCCACCGAAGACGAAGACGCAUACCGCUACGAAUACGAAGCAGAAAAUGAAGGCGCAUACUACAGCCCGUACAGACCCAAACGCCAAUGGCCACCGGACAUGUCCAAACUCUCGCCCAAGCACCAGUUACGACUAGAACGGAAAUAUAGACGGCGCGCAGCGCUGAAAUAUGCGCGGCCCAGAUGGGUGAAGUUUACAAAGCUGGCCCAGUGGGGGAUUAUCAUCUUUAUUGUGAUAUAUUCGCUACUUUUCAUGGAAUGGGGCAAGGAAGGAGAGGAGCAUCCUUUCGAAGAUUUCCGAAAGGAUUUCUUCGCUUCGAUCAACUCGCUAUUCUCGGCUCCUGAGCGACCCAUCAAGAAGAAAGAGUAG